AAUACUUGUACAUGUUUAUUUUUUCAGAAUUAUUGAGAUAUAAGACUUUAUAAGCUAAACUGAUCAGAGAAGACGUGGAGGUUUAGUGUUGCCAAAGUGUGUUAAUUGAAAAAGUGUGAUACGAUGAAUGACAAGUCAGAAUUUUCGCAAUAUUUACCAUUAAUGACAGAGCAAAUUGAAAAACGAAUCGCAAGGUCAAAGUUUCUGACAUAUUUUUUCAGCAAUAUACUUGGUCAUUCCAUAGUUUAUUCUGGUAGCCGAUCAGAGGGCGUUCCUAUUGCACAGUCAGACACUGAUGUAAUGUUUGAAGCUCAAGGUGUGGUUGUAAAUGUCAUGCCUUAUUCAAGUAACUCAAAUGAUCAAGUUACACAUUUGGUUAUGGAUCUCACAGAUGUACACCCCGGUUACACAAAGCUAUUAUAUGAACAUGAUCACAAUGCCAAGGACUUCAGUGAGUUUUCAAUAUAUGGAAAUGGCCUACAUUCUUUAUGUCCGCAAGGGUCUAAUUAUGUAUCGAAUACAUUGAUACUUGAUUACUGGAACUCUCAGGCAGCCAACAUACUCCCCGACCAACGCAGAGAGAAAGAUCUAUAUUUCCAUGGUCCAUGUGUUUUAAUGGGCUACACGUCAUUGAUGAGGCGUCAUGAGGUAGAUAUCACUAUUUCAUUUAAAAGCGAGUGGCCAGUUGUUGCAGAGGACUGGGUAAGAAGAGAAAGAAAACAUAACUGGCCUUCACCGGCCAUGAUAAAUCAAAUAAAGGCACUUGGUAUUAACCUGGUUCCCGUAGGGCACGCAAAUUCACCAAAUAAAGAACUUGAAUGGCGAUUAUCAUUUUCAAAAGCUGAAAGACUUUUAGUAUGGUCUUUUAAUUCAGUUCAGCAUAUUUGCAUGAGUGUAAUGAAGCAUUUCUUCAACAGUAAGAUAACUCCAAAAUUUCCUGAUUUGUUUCCAACAUAUUUUAUCAAAACAGCAAUAUUUUGGAUGAUAGAAGAAACGGACAGCUGCUUUUGGAACCAAGACAAUUUGCUCAUAUGUUUAAAUGCACUUUUUGACAGACUGAUUAUUUAUCUAGAAGAAAAGAAAAUUGACAACUAUUUCAUACCCGCAGAUAAUAUGAUGGACACAAAAGCCUGAAGAUAAAUUGAAUUGUUUGAAACUUGAACUUCUGAAUUAUCAACAAAAUUGCAAUAGUAUGUGGAUGCAAUUUUUAGAAAUGGGAUUGUCAACAUUUGAUAAAAAUGAUAUCUAUCAUUAUCAUAUUCAGAUCAACUGCCUAAGUCUUUGCCGCUUUUUUAUAUAUACAGAAAUGAAGGAUUUAGAUUUCCAAGUCUGUCUGCAAAAUAUAGAGGGCACAAUAACGAUCCUGAAUGGAACUGAUAUUUUUCCUGACAUGCGCAGGUUUCUAAUAAUGGAACUCAACAUGACAAAAACAUGUUUACAAUUUUACAAUGAUUUUCAUGGAUGUGAAAUGUAUGCUGAAAAAGACAUACAAUCUUUAUUAGUCAAGUUACGAUCAAACUGUUUUCUUAACAACUCAGCUGGAAAAUUGACACUUUGUACCUUUCUAUUACAUGCAAAACAAUAUGAAGGAGCUUUGACCCUUUUACAAGAAAUUGAAUAUCAGUUUACUGAUUUAGUGGUGCAUUACUCGUUCUGGGAACGUUCAAAAAGCCAAACGAUAAAGAUUAUGACUUAUCAAAGCCACGUUCCUCAUUCGAGGAUACAAUGAGGAGUUUUAUUGCUCUAGAUGUGAUUGUACUCCCAUUUCUUCUGAGAAUAUAUCCUCAGUCAAUUCAGUUGAUCCUUACAGCCGAAAAGCGGGUGUUAGUUCAUACAUCCUGUUUUGUACACUAAGGUGCUAAAAUUUCACUGUUGUCACCAUAUGUUGCAAAAAAAUGAUGAAUGUCAAAAUAUUAUUGAAGAAAUGAAAAAGUAUUCCACAUUCAAGCAAGAUGUUUCGGAUUCAAUUUCUGAAAACAUUAUAUUUCCAAUUGCGAACUGAUGUUGACUUAGACACAGACACAGAGACAGACAUAACCACGUAUAAAUGAACACCACCAUUUAACAUAUACUGUGUUGGUGCGUCGUAACCCCUCCCCGCCCUGAAAAAAUAUAACACAAUUAAAAUGCACAUGUGUAUUCAGUAUUUCGUAUAGCGCCAUUGCUCGCGCGAUUAUUGUUUUAUUGUGAAUUUCCUCAUUAGAAUACGAUUUUGUGAUUCGUUUGUGAUAAAGGCUGAUGCACAAACGCCAGUAUUCGUAUCGCAUUAACUACAUAUAGACAAAAAAAAAGCAACAACAAAAAACAUCAAUGAAAGUUAGCAAA